AUGAAAGUGAAGAUCGUACUGAUGUUGUUUCUGUUUUAUGUGGCAAAUGCAAAUGUACUUAGCAAGAAUUCCAACAUUUUCAAGUUUAAAGCUUUUAUUAUUCCCUCACAAAAUAUCCGAUACAAAAUUUUAAACCUACAAAACAGAAGCAUUAAAAAGAUUAAAGAAAUCCAAAAGAGCUUCAAAACUAACAUUUUUGUGAGCAAACAAAUCAAGGAUUUCUCUAAAAGAGUAGAUGCUUUCAAGUUGCACCUAAUAAGCAGCCCUACCCUGUCCAUAGCUAUUAAAUAUUUUAAAGAUAAUGUAAAAAUCUUGAAGUUGUCCGCUUUGCACUUCGUGAGAAUAUACAAAUUUAUAAUUUACAUCAGAUGCCUGCUAGAGUGGUUGCCCCAAAUCAACCCCCACCUCAACCCCUUUUCGUACAUUUUCACCUACACGAAUAGCUACGUCCAGUUUUUCCAUAAAUACGUUCCAAACGUUUUUGGAAUAGACCUGAGUGGUGUCUUUUCCUGGCUCUUUCUCGAAAUGAUUGAGAGUUAUUUGUCUUAG